AAUUGAAGAAAAGUUGAGUUGUCCGUUUGAGUCAUUUACUGUUUGCGUUUCAGAUAGCUGUUGUGCUAACUAUUUGCUCUGUCGCUCGCUCGUUACUUCUUUUCAUUGCUCGACCUAUUUAUUCUCUCUCUAUCUCUCUAACUUAACCUAUUCUUAACUGAAGAAAAUCACCCGCAAUGCCUCCCAGGUGUUUCUUUGACAUUGCCAUCGGAGGCUCGAAGGCUGGAAGAAUAGUGAUGGAUCUGAGAGCGGAUGUUGUGCCGAAGACAGCCGACAACUUCCGAGCACUGUGCACUGGCGAGAAGGGCUUCGGCUUCAAGGGAUCCGCCUUCCACCGAGUCAUCCCCGGCUUCAUGUGCCAGGGCGGAGACUUCACACGAGGAGAUGGAACUGGAGGCAAGAGCAUCUACGGGGAGAAGUUCGCAGACGAGAACUUCCAACUCACCCACACUGGAAAGGGAAUCCUGUCGAUGGCCAAUGCGGGCCCCAACACCAAUGGGUCCCAGUUCUUCCUCUGCACGGCCAAGACAGCCUGGCUGGAUGGAAAACACGUCGUGUUCGGAUCCGUCGUGGAGGGCUUGGACGUCGUGGAAAAGAUUGAAAAGGUGGGAUCUCAGAGCGGAAAGACUUCUCAGAAGGUAGUGAUUGAGGACUGCGGGCAGCUCUGAACUUCACAAACGUCCCCGAAAAGCUAACUAAUCUACUCUCUCUCCCUACCUAACUGAAGUGAACGAACCCUUGCUGUGGAAUUGAUGGAAACUAGUUGCGUGCAACUUGUCAAAUGGACGGUGUGCUUGACCUUUGAGUGUCCUUAGUCAUAUGUACUUUGACUUGACUGUUUCUACCACUGAGCUGCUUCUAUUUUAAGUUAAUUUGUAAAGCAUGUGUUGAAUGAAUUUAGUGUGACUGCUGACUUUUUUGGUAUGUGAAAUUCACUUUGUCCCUCGA